AUGGUCCGUCGUUUGAUGACAAAAUGUUCAUCGGAUGGUGCAAGACCAAAAGGAAUCAACAAUCCAAGACUCGAAAUGAUUGCAAGAAGUUUGAGCCAUGAAACAUCAAAUGCUCGAAGAAAACGAAGUCGUCUAACACGAGCUCGAUGUAUUCAAUCAGAAACAAAACGAAGCAAUUAUCAAUUGGAUGUUAAUCAACCUAUUAUUUUUACAGAAAGACAAGGUUACUGUGGCUCAUUUUUAUGCUAACAGGAAAAUAUUUUAGUUUGACAUCAUUUUGUUUUCUAAGCUUAAAACAACAAAAAACCUAUAAAAUCGGGGGGCUUGCUUGUCACAUCAAAAUUAUGGGGUUUCAACUGAAAAUAAAAAAAAAUAAACGGUGUUCUGUUCAUCCAAAAUAUACAUUUCUCUUCGGAACGAAAUCAUUUUUCCUUUUUUUCAGGAAAUCCAAACAUGUCGAGCUCGCUGUCAACAAUUCCCAGUCUCUGGGUUAGUCAAUAA